AUGACCCUCGAUGCAACGUUGCAAGAGAUCGACCAGCUUUGUAGUGAGCCGCACUACGACAGCUUCGAGAAUGUGAAUCGCCCUGUGUACGACCGUAUAAUGGACGUGUAUCAACAACUUCGAGACAGCUCAGGCCCAGUGUCUAUGGAUCUAUUAGAGAGCUUUAGUCUCAUCGUGCUGCGAUUCUUUGACAUGCUUGACCGACGCGUUUUAGGCGGCACAAGUGUCGUGGCCAGUAUCUGCGCUUCAGGCACAGUCGCAGGCAGGAAUUACAGUUUCCAUCACGACAUUGACGCGUUGCUGAGAACUUCUUCACUGCAGACAGCACCUGUUCACAACUGGCAAGAAACGUGGAAAGAGACUCGACAUCGUCAAAGUAAUACACUAAAGUCAUAUUUAGAGGAACCCGAGCUUUUCCUAACGCAAAUAUCAACCGAGAAGGAUCGAUCCGAAGCGGUAGCGAUGAUGCAAUUUGCUGCGACUGGACUGGCGGGUGUUGAGGACACUGAAGAUCUUCCGUUGUGGUUCAUUCCUCCGUAUCAAGUUCAGCUAGGCAAACACAUUGCGGAUGGCUCUUUCGGAGCAGUUUACGAAGGCGAAUGGCUCGAUACGGAUGUGGUAGUAAAGCAGGUUCUUUUAGCCUCGUCUGAUGAGAACGGGGAGCAAUUUCGACACGAAGCGGACUUGUGGUUCUCGCUGAACCAUCCGAAUUUAAUUAAACUUUACGGCGCUUGUCACCAAGGUCGACCGUUUUUUGUAUGCGAGCCAGCGAGUCGAGGGACUCUGGCGUCGUAUCUUAAAGACAAGGAUCGACGCUUGAUCUGGUUUGCCAUCAGUGAUGUUGCGCUGGGCUUGCAACAUCUCCACGACCACGGAAUUAUUCACGGUGAUCUGAAAGGAAAUAACAUUUUGGUGUGUGAUAGUAGCGAGGGAAUAUCAACAGCAAAGCUCGCGGAUUUUGGCUUAAGUAUCGCUACAAACCAGGUGGGAACUCCAGCUAACGAUGAAUAUGAUACAUUGGGGGCGUUUCGAUGGAAGGCGCCGGAAUGUUUGCUUGGAGGUCGACCAACAUUCGCGUCGGAUAUUUAUUCACUGGGUAUGUGUAUUGUUGAGGCAAUCACGGGGCAGUAUCCAUGGGGGGAUACUUUACCAGACUCGGUGGUAGUACGCAAUGUGAUUGAAAACAAGUCUCUCCCGUCGCUAACUCGAAUGUGUCGAUACGAACCUCAUUGCCGUAUUCCCAUUGGAGCGGUGAUCAAUUGUGCGCUCAAUCUUACAGCUAAAACAAAAUCUUAA